AUGGAAACGGUUAUUGGUCUCAAUCUCAACCACCACGAUACAUGUCAAUUUACAAAGAGCAUUGGCGGUGAAGGCUUACCACAACUUCAAAGGUUUAUUUACGAGACCUUGAAUGACGCCCAGCGUGUUGUCACCCUUCGACUUGAAGACCAGGAAUAUCAAUAUGCCACCAUGAGUGCCUACUCACCUACUAUGAGCGAAAUGCCGUUGAAAUUGGAGCCGUUGGAAUUCACCGAAUGCCCAUCGAACGAAGUGUCAGAAUGGCCAUCAAACAGGGCGACUGAGGGCACCUCACUUUCAGGUUUCGAGCUCGUGUAUCCCACAUCAUCCAGCGCCGAGACCCGAAUGAAACUAAAUUUGCCAUGCUUUCUGAACAUGCAUUCCACAAACGCGGACUUCUGCGGCCGCGAGGAUAUUUUGGAACGUCUCGCUGCUGAGCUUCUGCCUUCAAAGACAGUAAUAACAGCAUCGAGCACCCCGCUACGACAAUUUGCACUUUGUGGAUUCGGUGGAAUCGGGAAAACAGAGAUCGCUCGAGAAUUCUCCCAGCGCUAUAAGGAUUCCUUCGAUGCAGUGUUCUGGGUUGUGGCAGAUGAGAUCGCCAAGCUAGACUACCAUUAUCAGCAAAUAUCCUUAGCACUUGGACUAGAGGAUGCCUCCGAGUGCAAGAGCCAGGUUGUCAGCAGAGAGGUUGUAAAAGGGUGGCUCUCCAACCCGCGAAAGAACUUGGCUGAGCCCGACGAGUCUGCUCAACCGGACCAAGCCAGAUCAGAAGCAUCUUGGCUGCUUAUCUUCGACAAUGCAGAUGAUCCAAUGAUACUAGCGGACUAUUGGCCCCAGGGAAGUGGGUCAAUUUUGGUGACUAGCCGGGACCCAUUGGCCAAGAGCAUGUUUACAAGGAGGCCUUCUGGCUUGGACCUCGGUCCACUUUCCCAGCAAGACAGUCUAGACCUCUUCAACCAUCUCACAUCGCUUUUCGACGAGGCUGAAGACGAUACAGCCAAGCAAAUCUCCAGUGCACUUGGUGGCGUCCCUCUGGCUAUUUCCCAGAUGGCAGGGAUCAUCCGUCGACAGGAUCUGACCCUAUCAGAGUUCUUAGAGUUAUAUACAGACCACGAGGAGCAUGCGAGUCUUUACGAAACAAAGUUCGAUACCAACAUAACCACAUACCGCCACUCCCUCUCCACUGUCUGGGCAUUCGAAAAGCUGAAACCACAAGCUCGCCAACUGUUGGAGUUGAUUUCCUUUCUAGAUCCGGAUGUCAUCGGAGAGGAUUUGCUGGUUGAAGCAGCAAUGGAAUUGCUUUCGGAUGGCGGCCAUUUCAGGAAGAGCAGUUACAUUGAAGCGCGAACGGAUCUGUUGCAGUCUUCUCUAGUUCAGAGAGAUAAGCAAAAGCAGCAGGUAUCUGUCCACCGCAUUGUCCAAGAUGUGGUCUUGGCGACAAUGGACGUUGCAAAGAAACAAGAGCUGUUUGGCAAAGUCGUACGAAUCCUCUGGGCGGGAUGGCCGUCGGCGAUGCCCAAGCCAUCCAAGGACCCUGAGCUACCCCAACCGAAGUCGACCGGUGGCAGACUGUCCGUUGGUAGGUGGCCUGUCUGCGCCGCCAUUUACCCUCACGUUCUGCGGAUACAUCAGUUGUGGUCAACAAUGCCACACCCAUCAGAGGUGACUACUUUACUUUUUGCAAAGCUUCUAAAUGAGGCCGCAUGGUAUCAAAAAGAGCGCGGACGAACAAAACACUUUGAUGGUUUCUUCGAAACUGCCCAGAUUAUUUGCGAAUCCUCGUCACACCCAGAUCGGGACUCUGUGCUUGCAGAUAUCUACUUCUGCUUGGGAGCUAUUUCUAUGGACGCGAGUGACUUUGACAACAGCCGAAUUUAUAAAGAGCGAUCUCUGGACUUAGUGUCUAACAUAUGCAAGUCACUAGGAACCUCGGACGAAAGACUUUAUCUCGCAUACGCCGAGCGCGGUAUCUCACGCAUCCAGGACAAAAGAUACGAGGAAGGUGAGAUAGACCUCAAGGAAGCUCUGAGGAUCCGCAAGGCUCUCGGAAACUAUGUGCCACGCUCGGGUGAAGCCAAUCUGAGCUGGGCGCUUCUUGCGCAGGGGAAGCUCGACGAGUGUAACACGCUGCUACUGGAAAGCUUGGCAGGGAGAGAAAAGGCAUUGGGCAAGAAUGACCGAGAUUCUGUCCGGACUGGGCUCAUCCUUUACGUGCUUGGGAAUCUUCGUGCGGUGCAAGACCAAUUCGAUGAGAGUUUCUUGUACCAUCAAAGAGCGUGGCACCACAUGCGUGCGACAGUGGGCGACCGUGACUUUUACACUGCAACUGUUGCUCAUAAAAUUGCACAACAUCUGGUCCGGAUGGGCCGGAGCGAAGAGGCAAUCUCCAUGGUCAAUGGCGCACUGGAUGUCUGGUCUGUGGACCCCAAUGCACAUAAAAAUGAGAUUGCUCGCUCUACCUUUCUGAAAGCCAAAGUGUUCGAGGCGACCGGCAAGGCGCAAAAGGCUUCCAUUAGUCUUCGAGUUGCCACUCGUCUGAGGAAGGAAAUUACCAAGGAAGAUAAAGAUGCAAAAACCCUGACUAUGGACGACUUUGACGAUAUUGUUGCUUUUUGGGCUCGUUGA